AUGGGAAAGGAAGAUAGGGUUAAAGCUAUAGGGAUUGGUAACCCUAUAGGUCCCUACAUAUUUAUAUCAUUAGAACAUUAAAUGGGGCUUCAGUACAAAAACCACACAUUAUACUAUAAACAUUUUAGGUGCUUUAGAUGUUGAAGAUAAGCAGGAUCAGAAGCAUGAGGUGGGGAGGGGCAGGAACAGAGGCGAGACGAGUUGAAUUCUCGCCGGAUCCAACCCAACCAGCUGGAAAAAACAACAGCCAGAACCCUACAUUUCUCACCUUGUGACCAAAACCGACCACACACAGCGGGUCUACAACUGUAGCUCCACCCUCGUUAGAAAAACAACUGUAGGUCCCGAUGAGUUUAUUGGCAUUUGAGCUGCAAAAUCUUGGGUAAUGUGUUGAUUCAGAAACUGGUUCUGUGGCUCUUCUGGAGCAGGACGGCUCUGUUUGUCUUCCCACCUUAGAUUGGAGCCUUCCACUGUCCUUGGGCAGAGGGUGACGGACAAUAGACCGGACCAUCUUGCAUCGUAACCUGGAACUUCCCCACAGUAUAAAUAUGCCCCGAGGGAGGCGCGUAGGAAUCUUCUCCCGGGAGCCGAGCGAGUCGUAUAAAUGGCUGACAGACUUCCUAUUAGGUUUGUCAUUUAUUAAAGGCCUCUUGUGCUCAAAAAUCUCCAACAGCAACGACUGGAGCUUUAGAGAAGACGUCAACCAGUGCAAGUUUGCCAUUUUGUACCAUUCGAGAAACAGAGGGAGGCUCAAUGUCACCGAUGUAACCGAUUCGCUGUACGACGACGAGCUGGACUAUUUAUCCUCUUCGCUUGGAAAAGCGAAUGUUAUUGUCAUUAUUGAUGAUGUGGAGGACAGCAGUGACCAAGAGAAGGAAAGAAUACAGCAGGGACAGACGACUAUUACAGACAAAGCAACAGGGCUGUUCCUAUUCAGUAAAGAAGACAAAUAUACAAAUUCUAACAUGAAGGAGAAGAAGCUGCAGGAAAUCGAAUCUCUAAUCAGAAGAAGCUUUCAGCUAAUGGGUCUUUCUUCUCAUUUCCAAACUGGAACCAUGAUACAUAAGAUGGGUCGCUGGCAAAACGCCCUUAUGUUCUUCGGAUUACCUGCACUGGUCGUAUUAUAUAUAUACGGAUUUCUGUAUUACAACUUCAGAGUCAUUACUUGGUAACAGCCCUUAUAAUGUAUUUGAAUAGCACAGUGGCCGAUAUGAAGAGCCUAUUUCUGAUGUUACAUCACUAAUAAGAUCAUAUGUAUAAAACUUAAUCAAAUAUUAGUAUUACGCUGGGUAGACCUCAUUAUUAAUGCAAGAGAAGUGACCAAUGAGAAUGCUGAUUCCCAGCACUGUGUCAGGCCCCUUGCUGGUACCUUACAUAUAG